AUGGGAGUUUAUGUAAUCAGGCAUUUGAAAGAAUCCAUUAAAAAAUUAAGAGAAGGUGAUAAUGAUAUGAGCCUGUAAAUAAUGGCUAAUGAUUUUUGUGCGAAUGUUAAAGACUCCCUCAAAGAGAGACUUCUUUUCCUUAAUCAACUUUUUUCAUUAGAACCUCAUUCCGAUUAGUUUAAAAAUACUUGCUAAAAUACGCUUAAGACAUCUAAGGAUUUAAACCCAUGGUAUCUUCCAAGUUUACCAUCUUAAGUCCUUACUAUUUCAGAUACUUGCAAAUCAUAUGAAGAUCUCUACUACUAAAUAAGAUAGAAAGACAUUACUCAUCUUGAUAAAUCAGUCUAGUAUUCCCUCUUGCUCACUCUAGAACUAGAUUUCAAUUCAAGAGAGGAAAGAUUAUUUAAUGAUUGCAUUGAUUCAGUAGUCAAAUAAGAUCCUAAGAGAUAUUGCUCUGAUGAUAUUGUAUCAAUGACUCCAUUUGACAUUUGGACCAAAGAUAAGAUUGAUAAUAUGUGUGCAGGAGCAUCUACCCAAGUUAUAUUAGAUUGUAGUGAUGGCUAAUGCACUCCCUGUGCUGAUUCAAUAUCUUUUAUGUUUACAAGAUAUGCUAACACCUUGGACACUGCUACUACUAAACUAUAUACCUUGAUUUCUGCUUAAUAAGCUGAGCUGUUGCAAAGUUCAAAUAACUUUAACAAAAUAAAUAAACAAGCUAAAGUGGACAUUGAUGAUAUAUCUCCCAUUUAACUUCCAAGCUAAUCGAUUCAAUCUAAAAAUGAGACAGGAAAGCAGUAGAUUAAUGCAUAACAUUUAGAUCAAUUCUUGAAAUGA